AUCCUCAAAAACAAAUCGUCACAAGUUCCAAGAAUAGUUAGUUUGCAUUACGAGAGAGAGAGAGAAGGACAAGACAUUAUUGGAGGGAUUGUGUUUUGAGAGAGGAUGUAGAGCAGGGGUAGCUGGUAGUGCUAAAAUAUUUAGGGGAAAAAGAGAGAAAGCCUUCGGAAAAUUUCCCUCUUUUCCAUGUUUUAACCAGGCCCUUUUCACAAAAUCUUGAUCCCCUCUCACACCCAUUGAUUGAUUGAGUUGUUCUUGUUUUUGCAUGUGAAAUAGCAGAAUAAGGGAAAACGAGAGGGAAAAAAAAUAAAAGAACGAGAAGGAAACCAGCCCAUGCAAGAAUAGAAAGGCUAACGUAGAUAAAGAGUUAGUUGUUUUCCGAUGGGUGGGACGAAUAAUCAAGAUUUUGUUGCUCCACCCUCCAAAGCUACGGAUCCUCCUGCUGUGAAGAAGAGGCGUUAUCAAGUUUGGAGGGGUCGCAAUAAAUUUUUGUGUGGCGGGAGAUUGAUCUUUGGUCCUGAUGGGGCAUCAAUCCUUUUAUCUGCCUUCCUCAUAGGGGGGCCUGCACUAACAUUCUGUAUCCAGAUGGUUUUUAGGAUUCCAAAAGUCGACGUUGUGUACGAGCAUGUCGUAUUAAUUGUUGGACUAGUCCUGACAGUUAUGGACUUGAUUUUUCUCUUCUUGACAUCUGCAAGAAAUCCUGGAAUAGUUCCUAGGAACUCAUGGCCUCCUGAAUCAGAUAACUCAUGUCAUUCCACUACAUCCAUGGACUGGAUCAAUGCUACAACUCCCGACUUGAAACUACCGAGAACAAAGGAUAUUUAUCUUAAUGGCUACACGAUUAAAGUGAAAUAUUGUGAUACUUGUUUGUUAUAUCGCCCACCACGUGCAUCUCAUUGCUCAAUCUGCAACAACUGUGUCCAGAGGUUUGAUCAUCACUGUCCAUGGGUUGGCCAGUGCAUCGGAGUUCGGAACUACCGGACUUUCUUCUUAUUCGUAUCAACAUCAACAAUCUUGUGCAUAUAUGUUUUCACAUUCUCUUUACUGCAGAUCAUCAACACACCAGGUGACCUAUGGACUGUUAUGUCAAGGGAUGUCAUCUCAGUCUUUCUAAUAUUUUACUGCUUCAUUGCGGUGUGGUUCGUUGGUGGGCUUAGCGUCUUCCAUUUCUAUUUGAUCUGCACCAAUCAGACAACAUAUGAGAACUUCCGGUACCGUUAUGACAAGAAAGAAAAUCCAUAUAACCAGGGGGUGUUUAAGAACCUCGUGGAAAUCUUUUUCUCGAAAUCAGUACCAUCUAUGGUCAAUUUCCGUGAAUGGGUGACUGAAGAAGAAGAUGCAGGUGUAGAAUCCAUAACUAAUAAAUUGAGUGAGGACAUUAUGAAGUCGACCAAGAAGACAGGCGCUGAACUUGCUCUGCAGGACUUGGACUAUAAGGGAAUCGAAGACAGUUUGAAGAAGGACAAUGGAGGAAAGGUUGCCCUCGAACCGUUCUUCUUGGAUCCAGCCCAAGAAGAAAAGGAUGGCACUGGAGAUAGCACCGUUGAUGGUCAUGGGACUGAGGAUAGCUCCCGUAGUACAUAAUUUGUUGUGCUUCACAGAUAAGGCUGUGAUCUGUUAUUUCUCAGAUGAGACCCGAGUGUCUGAAGAUUUAACAGUUCGAUUGACGGUCCGAAGCUACUACGAACCAGUUAAAUGUAAAGUUAAAAACGUCCUUCAUGCGUAAUAGUCGCUCUUUCUCUUCUAAAGCGAGUGGAAGAGGCGCAGCCAAAAUUUUUUGCUGCAUAUUGUGAAAGAAGACCCAAAAAAGCAGCCUUGAGUAUUGAAAUCUUGUAAAAUUCUCUCCUCAUACUGAUGUGAUAGAAUUGAUUCUGUCGGUAUUAUCAUCCUCUUUUUUUGUUUGUUCAAAGUAGGAUCUAUAUAUUAUUUCGUCACACCAGGAAAAUCUAUUGAAGAAUUAUUACAGCAUGUCUUUGGAGGGAUCAAUAAAAGGGAAUGUAAUGCUUCUGGAUUGGAGUGGAAAAAGGCAAAAGGCACAAGAGAAUUUUGUUGCAGCAUUGUUUAUGUUUUGUCCCUGCUGAGUCUAUGAGCAGCAGUCUUUCUUGUUUACCACUGGGCUGAUUGAGACAGACAGACACACAGUCUUUUAACAACUCUGUCUUGCUUCAAUCACAACAUUGUUGUCUAUUUUUGGCUCUUCUAUGGCAAGGGGUUGGGGUUCGGGUGCACCUAGGACCCGUCCAAGUUCAA